AAUAUAAUCAACGCUUUCAUACAAUAGCUUCACAAGGCCUUCUUUUGCUGGUCAGGCUAUACAGCAUUUUGUAACACAGCGCCUUCAACUUGACAACUGACUGAUGAUUGACAAGCGGUGUUAACAGAGAAAACGGUGAAGAGACCUUUUCAAGGGUUUGAGCUUACUAGUAGCAACUCAGCACAUGCUCACAAUAGAAUCAACGCUUUCAUACAAUAGCUUCACAAGGCCUUCUUUUGCUGGUCAGGCUAUACAGCAUUUUGUAACACGGCGCCUUCAACUUGACAACUGACUGAUGAUUGACAAGCGGUGUUAACAGAGAAAACGGUGAAGAGACCUUUUCAAGGGUUUGAGCUUACUAGUAGCAAGAUCAUCAAGAACAGUCAGAGUAGCCCCACUCGUUAAUACCUGUGUAUUGGUCAGACGAACGAUUCUACUUGAAAUCAGUUUGGUUUUGAAGAAUCUUACCAAGGAUGGAAGACAAGAAGGAAACAACAAGUCGACCAAGACCUGGUACUUCUGCGAGUAGUACAAGUUCUAAAGAAACAUGGAUGACGACACAAAACGUGCACAGAAUGGGAAAAGGUGUCCUUCUCUACACUGGUCCAGAAGGUAAACGUCAACAAAGGGUCCAUGUAGAACCGGAGCAUCGUGGUGUUGGUAUCGGGACAUACUCAAGAGAGCAGACAUCUGAACUUCUCUAUCUUUGCCGUGCUCCAGAAGGAGUAAAGUUUGCAGAACAGAUGGCCAAGAAGCCUGGUGCCAUAGGUUGGGGUAUCCCACCUAAGGGCGAUCCUCGUAAAUGGCCCGUUCACAUGAAAUUACGCAGUGAGGAGGAAAUGCAGGAAUCAUUUGCUGUUGACCAAGCUAUCUACCAAAGACGGUGACGAUUGUAAAGCCAUGGAAGUAGUUGUGUAAUAGGGCUCAGUCUUACAACAUGUACAAGAAUUGUAAAUACUGACAUCAACAUAACAUCAAAUUGUAAAAUGCAUUUUGACCUUUCAUGUGCUCUACAGUAUGAUGUUGUCUCAUGUAUGCAUCAUCAUAAGUCAGUGAGACCCUCUCAGUUUAAAAAAGGACGUUGUUUACAUUUCCUUUAUACAUAUUAUAUCAUGACAAAGAAUUAUUUUAUUAUAAUAUUGUUGGUAUCAUUCACGACUGAUUGUAAGACGGUUCCCCGUUUUUUUUUUCUGAAUAAAACAACAGAAGGAAUUGGCUAAAGAGAAACCAAAACACGAAUGUACGAUUUUCAGUAGUAUACAUAUAAUCCGAGUACAAAGUUUCCUUUUACAAAUUACAAUACAUUCGAUUAAUUUCUACUGAAAUAUAAUUAUCCUCUUACUCUUUUCCAUCGAAAUAAAUUCUGUUCGAAGCAGAAUGUACUUGCAAAAAUAUGAAGUCCCGUCAAAAUUUGAAUGUAUUUCCCAUCGAAUUUUAUUUCAUUAAAUCAGAAAUACCAGUUACACCGGCAAGCAAACUGAGUCCAAAUAAAAUACCGAUUGUAUGUCAUUCGAAAUAAUGUGAUAGCUUUGAAUGGUUUCGUUCGUGUGAUCUCUUCUUAUUAAAAGGGGAAUCCAGCCUUGGUCAUAAAAUGUUGUGUUGGAAAGGAGAAACAUAAAUAAGACAGCAUGGUGAAAGUUUGAAAGAAAUCGGACAAGCACUAAGAAAGUUAUAGCUGCUUCAAAAUCGGCAACUGGGUAAGUGAAAUAUGAGAAGGGGCAAGGACAACUUUCCCAUAGGCCAUUUACUUAAUUUUCAGGAUUUUGUAGUUUUCUCUUCAGUACCCAUUCCCCUGGAGCAGUAAUCAAUAUAAACCAGGUAGUAUAUUGUUUUAUGUCCUCAUGAAAAUAAAGAUAUAAUUUGAAGUAAACUUUUUUUUCAAAUUACAUUUUAGCCAUUUUAUGUAUUGGAGUACAUGGAAGAGUAGUCCUUGCCUUACAUCACUAUGACAUCACGUAGGCGGCCCAUUUGAAGUCUCAUGGGUAUAGUGAUUACCCAUAUUUACAACUUAUAAAAAUUCAUAACUUCCUUAUUGUUUGUCCGAUAUUUUUCAAACUUUCACCAAUCAACUUGUGUGAUCUUUCUUUUUCCUCUCAAAACAGGUUUUUAUUUGGGUUGGAUUCCAGUCGUGUGUAAGUCAUACGUAACAUGCAAACAGCUUAAUAGCAUACCACGCAUGAAAAUCAGACACUAACAACUAAGGAAAAGAAGAAUAUAAUUUACUCGUUGCAUAGUUCAGAAGCAUGCAUGGUGGGGGCAAGGGACAGCCCCCCCCCCCCCCUCCGAUAUUUUGAGAACUUACCUUUUUUAAUGAUUUUUUUAAAUAAAAAAUCAAGUGUGCACGAAACCCUUCAAUUUCACUUUAGAAAAUUAAAAAACACCCAAAUUACAAGCUCGGUCGCUUCGCUCCAUCGCUGUCGAGAUUCUUUUAAAAAUUACACGUCUUACCACCCUCCGCCCCAGGAGAAAAAUGAUCUGUGUACAGCCUUGAAAGAAUGCACGCCAAAAUGUAGAAUAUCUUUAGAUUGUGUUUUUAUUUAUUUCUGAUUAUAUGUAUUCGUGUGUUUAUAAUUAUCUUAAUUUCAUUACAUUCUGCCAUAGGCUGUAAUGUGACAUUGUUUUAUCAAUUAUGAUUUCCUUGUUUUGUUUCAUUUAAUACCUCUGUACUUAUUUUUGUAUGUAUGAAACCGCGCAAUAGACCUUCCUGGUUUUUACUCUGAUCACUUUCUUAUAUUUUUAAUGACGCAAUGAGUAUGUUGAGAGGAUAGAUAUUGUGAAUGACUAGGCGAUACAGAAUGGCUAUUAUCAUUAUGUAUCAUUCCAUUUAUUGCACAAUAUGUUUUGGGGUCUUAUAUAUCCAUGCAAACCUGCUUGUAAUGUAUUUCAGCAAUAAAUGUGUAUUACUUGUGAUGGAAUA